GACUCGAGACGAUGGCUGUGUUAUUUAACGCCACUCGUUUAGCAACUCGCUCUAGGAUUGGUUUGUAUUCACCCACUAUACGCGCGGUUCACUCCGUUGGCCUUGUUGAAUUCGUCCGACACGAACUAUUCCAUUCGGAUUAUUAUCAUAUGAAGUUUCUGACAUUCCUGUUGAAUUCCACACACUGCUCGUUUGGUUUACCUUGGGACAUGUCGAUCGCCGCCACGGCCCUGGUUUUGCGAUCCUUAGUCUUUUCACCCUUCUAUAUUUAUGCGGAGAAAAAUUAUACGAAAGUUCUGUACAUUGCUAUUGAUUGUGCGAAGUCCAGGAGCCAACUGCAUGAGAAAAUUAAGCAAACUACCUCAUUUCAAAAACUCAGUUCCCGGACUGCUGACCGGUAUUUAGAAAGUAUGUCGCGGCACGUCUUUAUCAAAACAUGUCGAGCGAAUAAUUGUCAUCCCUUGAAAUCAUUCGCGACGACUAUCGUUCAACUUCCUUUCUGGUUAUCUUUCACUUUCUGCUUACGGAACAUAUGUGGGAUUUCAACAUCUCCCAAUGACGUGUGGACUCCUCUGGUUCCCGAUCUCGUCACAGAAGGCCUCAAUGUUGCGUGUGCCCACUGGUUGCUACCGAUGUGCCUCCUGUUGACAGGCUUAGCCAACAUCGAACUCAUGCAUCUGCGCACACCUCGGUCAAAUCUGUGGAACUUCAGACUUUCGCGAGGUGCCGGAUGGUUCGGGAAUCUCGUAAUCUUUUACUUCUCACUCUUCGUCCCCAAAGCUAUUGUGGUGUAUUGGACUACGUCGGCUAUCCACCAAUUUAUCACGCAUCUAUUGGUGAUGCAUCCCUGGAUGCGCGAACGAUUUGGCAUCAGGCUGCGACCCACUGAAGGAAUUCAUCCCUAUCGGGUCCUUCUUCAAACCGCAAUAGAUCGCUAUGCUCUUCUUCGGUGGUUUCGGUUGAAAAGACUGUGAUAUAAAAGAUAGCUCUUUCAUUCUGCAACUCCAAUGUAAAAAUUCCCCAAGAAAUCCCCAUUCCCACUCACGCUUGAGGCGUGUUUUUGCAACGCAGAAAUGAGCUUCAGACGCCUUCCAUUGAACUACUGAAAGCCAUUUUCUGCUGCAAAUUGUCGGUGUUUAUCGAUUGAUUGUCCCUUGUUUCACCUCUUUUGAACCACGUCAUGACUUGUAGGCCCAUUUCCUCGGUUUAUUUGUCUUCCCUUGAGUUUGGCAAUAACCAUCUGAAUGAGCAAAAUAAUCAUUAACACAUAAAUUUAUGCUUUAGACUUGUGUUUUUGAAUGAUUCCGAGUGCUACAGCAAGCUUUCUC